CCGCCAUAAUACCAUAGAAGAAGUAUACGGAAGUGGACGGUGAACAAUAAUUUCCACGUUAGGGUUUUGUUAUUUCUACGUUUAGCACACUGGAACCCAAAAUAUGACAAAUGUCACUACACAGCAUCACACAUUUACCCCAGGUAGUGUUUACUUCGCGUUGGAGACAAGACUUGGUUGAUAUAUGUUAUCUAGGUAAGUCUAGCUAGCUAGUUGUUGACGUUAGCUAGCAAUGGCUAACUGUGACGAUGGUUUUUGACACUCAAAUAGCCUCCAUCAUGGAGGUUCUAGCAAAUGCAGCCGUGGCAGAGAUUUGUAAAGUCGUAGACGACGACUAUGCAGUGUUUCGUUUGGAAAUUUCUCAAAGCCAGAAAGAAAACAGGUCAUUGCGGAGGAAACUACAGCUCCUGGAACUGAAGGUGUCACGGGAACGCACAGAGAGGACAAUGCGAGAGCGCGUAUUCGCCAGUCGUUCCAGUAGUGUCAAGAUCCUCGACCGAUACAGAGGAAUGGCAAGAGGUGAAGGACAUCUCACUGGAGGCCACAGGAGCUUUGUGAAGCCAGCGGGACACAAUACAUGGAGAGAUGACAAACCAAUCACUGUUGAUGAGGGGAGUGGAACCUCAACCCAGCACGUUAUCAUGAUAGAGUCUGCAGAUGCAGAUGCUACAGGUCCUGGGGUAAAGCAGGAGAUGACUGAAGAGGAGGACCCACAGUGGAGACGUCCAGACUGGUGCGGCAGGAGAGCCCCCUGCAGCCACAGAGGACCCCACAACCGCCCCAGUGCAGCCCAGGACCCAACGCAGUAUCAUGGAGGAGGAGGGUCCAGAGGUGCUGCUGGUGAAAGAGGAGGGGUGUGAGGAGGGUCUGGGGAACCCUGAGGGGACCAUGGUCAUAGAGGACAACCAGACUACACCUCCUCCUGAACCCACAGAGGAACCAGCUGAGCAGCACAGGACCACACACAGUCUCACUGAGGUGAGCCCACUGUAAACUACUGUCUGAAUGGUAUUACGUCAGGGCCCGUAUUAUAUGGAAAGAUCAGCCCUCCUACUCAGACUUUUUGUGGAUACGGGUCUUGAUUAAUUUUGUCUAAAGUAUGGGACCAUGCCUUUGAAUUAUCAAACCAUUAAAAGAAUGUCACAUAAUCAAAUUAACUAACAUGUUUGCAUAGUACUCAUAGCAAUCCUUCAUUGCCCAGUCAGAAGAUGCUCCAUAGCAGGGUGCUCAUAUCAGAUUUCUUGAUCCAACAUCCUCUCACUCUGUAUCUCUUACAGUCAGUAGACAUGGAGGAAGGGAAGCCUGAUCUGCUGCUGGUCAAAGAGGAGACGAUGGACCAGAGAGCAUUGACCUGCUGAGUGGACUAAAGAUGGGGGAGCAAGGUGAUUGGCUGGAGGCUAACAGGGGAGAUUGGGUGGUCAUCUUGGAUUCUCAGACCCAGACGGAUACAGCCAAGGGCCCAGGGAAUGACAUCAACAAGCCGGCCUGGACCAGAGGCGACAUAGUGGCGGGCAGUGGAUUGGACAGCAUCCUCAACUCUGGGCUAGGGAGCAACAGUGUUCAACACAACCAGAAACCGACAGUUGAACACAAAACAUUCUAACUUAGUCUCCAUGACAACAGACUGGCUGACACCAGGGCGAGGCGUAGAUUUGGUCCGCGGGGACGUGUUCGUAUGAGAACAGACAUAGACUUGGCUAGCUAUUCUCCGUCCUGCUCCUAUAGUUGUGAUUCAGCAAGCCAGAUGGCACCUCAGGUUAACCACCCAACAGGUGCUGCCUUCAGCCUGCCUUCUAUAGGAUCUAUCAACUGGAACAUGGACCCUGCGACAACACCGACAUUCCCUGGCCUUCGUCCUCCUCACACUCUCCUAAUGUUAAACCAGACCUCAGACAAUGCCAGUGCCUCAACACUAAAUGGCAACACCAGCCCAUUGACAAAUGACAGUAGUAGUGAUGCUAUCAGUAGAUCCAGUGGCAAAGAGAAGUGCUUCCCGUGUUCGUUCUGUGGGAAAUCCUUCAGUUUCCCCAAACAGAUGGAGAUCCACCAGAGGAUGCACACGGGGGAGAAACCAUUUGGCUGCCACCUGUGCUGGGCCAGUUUCUCUCAAUCCUCCAACCUGAAGAGGCACCAGAGAGUCCACACAGGGGAGAAAUCCUACAGCUGUCCCCAGUGUGAGAAGAGGUUCUCCCGCCAGCACCAGCUGAAGCUUCACCUGAAGGUCCACACGGGAGAGGCCGUUUGCCUAUACGCACUGCGCGAAGAGGUUCUCAAGAGAGGAGCUCUCUCAGGAUACACCAGCAGAAAAUGCACACAGCCCAUGUAUAGAGUAUAUUAAUAUAUAAUGUAGUACUAGUUAGUUUGUAGUUAAUUCUGUUGGUUUUGGAUGUAUAUGGAACUGGAUGAGGUGAACUGAGGAAAGAAUGAGUAUGAUGAGACAGAGUAGAUGAUAUGGUGAUGGUUGGUGUGAUGGUGUCUGUAAAAAUGCUUCACUGAUGAAGAGUGACAAACUUCGUGUCUUUAGGUGUUUUAUAGUGAGAUAAUGAUAGUGCCUUAAUUCAUGAAGUAUUGAAGCUGUGUGUAAUGUAGUGUUGAACCAUUUCCAAAGUAUUCUAUAGUUACUUUUAUCAAAGUGAAGGUACCGUAUCUUUAUACAGAAUACAGAAAUUAUUUAUUUUUUCAUAAAUUUUUCUACAGUGAUUUUCUAUCAAUACAUGGCCAACAUAAUAUCUUCCUCUUUGGCACAGCCAGAAGAGGACUGGUCACCCCCCAUAGCCUGGUUCCUCUCUAGGUUCCGGCCUUUCUAGGGAGUUGUUCCUAGCCACCGUGCUUCUACACCUGCAUUGUUUGGGGUUUUAGGCUGGGUUUCUGUACAGCACUUUGUGACAUCAGCUGAUGUAAAAAGGGCUUUAUCAGUAAAUUGGAUUGAUAUUUACAGAAAAGGUGAAGUGAGAAAAGUUAUUCUACUUGUCAUGUAUCAUUUUGUGCAAUAAAUGUGAUUUAUGCUAUUUUAAAUUAAAUACUAAAUUGACUCUG